CUUUUGAAUCUUUGCCAUGUGCGACAAUACUUUUGCCCAAUCCAGCACAACCACAAUGUCUAAGCGGCCAGCAUCUGAAGCUCUAGAAGAGCCCCUAGGAGUCGGCUCGCCAGCUUCCAAGAAGUCGAGAAUCGACGAUGGACCCACAGAAUUUCUCAAUGGCGGACUGAACGGCGACGGCGCUUCGCCGUCGCAACGCGACGAGGCUGAAGACGACGACGAUUUCGAAGACGAAGUCGAACAGAAGGCGCCUAUACGGCAAGCGGCACCCACUACCGGCUACGACGACCUGUACCUCGACACGAUAGACCGGAACGUGCUCGAUUUCGAUUUCGAGAAGUUGUGUUCCAUCAGCUUGUCCAACAUCAACGUCUACGCCUGCCUGGUCUGCGGAAAGUACUUCCAAGGCCGAGGUACCAAGUCGCACGCCUAUUUCCACGCACUGGACGAGGGGCACCAUGUCUUCAUCAACAUGGAAACACAAAAGGUGUACGUGCUGCCGGAGGGCUACGAGGUCAAGAGCAAGUCGCUCGAGGACAUCAAGUACGUCUCGGAUCCGCGGUACACGAAACAGGAGGUCAUGGAGCUGGACCGCAAGCCCGUGAGCGCGUGGGCACUUGGUGGGAAGCAAUACGCGCCGGGCUACGUGGGCAUGAACAACAUCAAGGAGAACGACUACCUGAACGUGGUGGUGCAGGCGCUGUCGCACGUGGCGCCGCUGAGGAACUUCUUCCUGCUGGAAGACAUGUCGUCGAGGACGGAGCUGGUGAAGCGAUGCAGUAUUCUGUUCAGAAAGAUAUGGAACCCGCGGGCGUUCAAGAACCACGUGUCGCCGCACGAGCUGUUGCAGGAGAUCUCGCUACGAUCCAACAAGCGAUUCACGCUGUCGGUGCAGUCGGAUCCCGUUGAGUUCUUGUCGUGGUUCUUGAACAAUCUGCAUCUAGGUCUAGGAGGAAGCAAGACGAAGCCCGGAAGCAGCAUGAUACAAAGAAUAUUCCAAGGAAAGCUCAAAGUCGAGUCACAAAACAUCACGGCAAGAGCAGAUGUUGGUGAUCGGCUACGAUUUGAAGAGGCGGGAGAAGUCAAGGUGGACAUCAACCGGUUCAUGCUGCUGACGCUGGACUUACCGGCGGCGCCGCUUUUCCAGGACGAGCUGGAGCAGAACAUGAUUCCACAGGUCCCUCUGACGACCAUCUUGUCCAAGUACGACGGCAUGAAGGCACAGGAGCAUCUCGCCCAGAGGAAGCGUUACAGAUUGAUGCACCCGCUACCGCCGUAUCUCGUCUUCCACAUUAAGCGUUUCUCCUCGAACAAGUUCGUGUCGGAACGCAACCCCACUAUUGUAACCUUCGAUGCACAAAAUCUGGAUGUGUCGCCGUACCCCAUCUGGUACGACUUGGUAGCCAACGUGGUGCACGAGGCGGUGCGAGCGAAGGAGGACGUAGCGGAUAUAGCCGAGGAGAGGAAAGCGUGGAAGGUGCAAUUGAGAGACAAGGGGAGAGACGAGUGGGUGACCUGUCAGGACCUGUUUGUGGAAAACACACAGAAGGAGCUGCUGUAUCUGAGCGAAUCGUAUCUCCAGAUAUGGGAGAGACGGCGUGAACCCAAAGGAAAAGGAAAGGGCAAGGCAUAGAGUGCUGAUGCCCAAAUGUCGCUUGCCCAGAUGAACGCCAUACUGACUGAUCUGAAGCUCUUCUAGUCGUUGCUGUAGCAUGUGUGUCAAUCAUAGCGGAGCAGUCCACAACAAGCUUUCGAGAUCUCUAUAGAAGAAUAAACUAUUAUAUGUACAAUAUAGCCAUACCCAGG